CAGUGGGAGGUGGCCCUGCCCAUGGAAUUGGCUGAUUUUUACUGCCUCUUUCAACCCAAACCAUUCCAUGAUUUUGCUGUCAGGCAGAGAUCAGGGAAUGCCACAAGAACAGAGACCAGCCCUGGCACUGAUGUCACCCCAAGCUCUCCAGACUCGUUAGAGACAAAUCUGAGCUAAUGGGAACGUGGAGCAGCUUUCACUUUGCUCCCUCUGCAUCCUUCUGCUCUCCUGAUGGCAUUGAUUAGUUGAUCCAGAUGGUUCUCCUCCCUUUUCCUGCUCGGGCCAGCUCCUGCAAACACUUCCACUUUCUCCUCCGAGCAGGAGUUCAGCACGUGCACGGGGCUUGGCAGAGCUGGAGCCUAAAUUUGUUCCUGUUUCUGAAUUCCAAGCUGGAUUGUGACGCAAGGGUUAUUUUAUAUAUGAAAAUAUCGGAUUUCUGCCCACACACAUCAUGCGUGAUGGAUAACAGAGCUGGCAAGGCAGCCACUGGGAAAGGCCACUCACUCUGGGAUUUACACAGAAGGAAGAGUCUUUCCUUGUUUUUCAGCUUGGAUUCUUACAUGACCAAACUGUGAAGGUGUUGCUGCACAGAAGCUCCAGGAUGUUCGCCUGAUUCCACAUUUCACCCACGACCUGAAAUCAUGACCUGAAACUCCACAGAUCCUAAUGAAAAUUAUUCCCCUUUGAGUUCCUUCAUGGAAAUGCAACCUCAAGAAAUACCGGCCAGUCAGGAAAGUGAUUUUAAUCCAAUAUUUGUUAUCCUCUUCCACAGGUUUUAAAUCACUCUUUUUACUCCCUACUUUGAGCAAAUAAAUACACCCUUAUUGUUUUCCUAGUCCUGCUAUGACCUUCUGGGAAUGUUUUCAUCAUGUAAAGCAACCUGCAGUUCCCUACUUUAUAAAUCUCCUUCAUUCCAAGUGUUAACACUACCUAAUUCUCUGCUUUAGAGAGGAAAUCAUGUUUGUUUUUUUGAAGAGCCUGCUGGGAAGAGGAAUAUUUGCAUUUCAAAUAUUUUUUUUUCCAUUUCAUAAAUUGUCUUGAGUUCUCUUCCCAGCGGGCAGCACAAGGCUGUUUAUACAAGGGAAGAGGGAAGCUUGCUUUCCCAUUACUUCCACAAAAAUACGAUUAACAGCGAUAACUAUGCUAAUUAUUGCUCUUGGAAUGCACCUCACUGGCUGGAGAGGCAAUGCUUUGGGGUAAUAAUUAACUCCUUUUUCCCUCAAUUACCUUUUAUUAGGAGAGCAGGAGGUGUCAGAGUAAAACAGCCGCGUAUCUUCCAAGAAAAGCUGGCGUUUUCCAAGGGAACCCAAGCGGAGGUGCCUCAUUAAGAGAACGGGGCAGGACAAACAUUCUCAUGGCGAGCUGGGCCUUGGAGCUGCUGGGCUUCUCCCUGAGCCUGCUGGGCCUAAUUGGGACGUUAAUUACCACCGUCCUGCCGCACUGGCGGCGCUCGGCACACGUGGGUACCAACAUCAUCACGGCCGUGGCCUACGUCAAGGGGCUGUGGAUGGAGUGCGUGUGGCACAGCACCGGCGUCUACCAGUGCCAAGUGCACCGCUCCCAGCUGGCGCUGCCCGCCGACCUCCGCGCCGCCCGGGCCAUGAUGGUCAUCUCCUGCCUGCUGGCCGUGCUGGCGGCCGGCGUCGCCGUGGUUGGCAUGAGGUGCACGCACUGCGCCGAGGAGAGCCCCGCCAAGGCCUCCAUCGCCGGCUCCGGCGGGAUCGGCUUCAUGGUGGCCGGGCUGCUCUGCCUCGUGCCGGUGUCGUGGAGCACCAACGACAUCGUUACGGAUUUCUACAACCCCACGCUUCCCGCUGGGAUGAAGUAUGAGAUAGGGCAGGCUCUUUAUCUGGGAUUUGUCUCCUCGGCCUUGACCAUCUUGGGUGGUGCCCUGCUGUGCACGUCGUGCCUCGGGAACCAGACGCCUUUCCAGCCGCAUUCCGGGCCUGGAGAGCCUCCCUCCUCCAGGAGCGCCUCCAAGGGCAACCACGCUCCUUCCCUGACAUCUGCAUCCCACAGCGGCUACAGGCUGAGUGACUACGUGUGAGUUCCGCGGGAUCUUGGCCUCGGGAAUCCCGUGCGUGGCACGAGGGAACUCGGAACCGGCGUUGAAGUUUGGCGUUGUUUAUUCCUUCCUUUUCUUCCCUGAGGAGGAAAGGAUGUGGGCACAGAACUGCUGCCUGCA